AUGCAGAGAAGGCGCGGCCUAUUAGAAAUACUAUAGAACCCAUUCUUCUCUGUCUCUCUCUCUCAAAUUCUCACUCUCACAAUUUCAACGCCACACCAAAAAUUCCACUGCACUUCCACCAUCCUCAUUUGUACUUUUCUUCUCAUUCUCUUUCCACUCCCCUGCAUUCUACACAAAUUCCGUUACUACUUUUCUCUCUUUUUUUUCAGAUUUCCCACUUUUCUUAUUCUCAGAAAACCGUUAAAUUUACACUCUUUUUCACCGUCCGAGGCCUUACGCGCUUCUGGGCAACCGCAUACGGCUAAGCCUUGAAGCAUAUCACCGAAAUCCUUCCGGGAGUGGGGCUUGAUAUGAUCAUUUGUAUUGGGGAGUAAGACCUUGUUACUUUUGCAAAUGCUAAAUUUUAAUAGGACCAGAAGUCAGCCCAGGUCUACAAGAUCUAUGUCUUUGGGAGGCAUGGAUUAUGUGGAUCCAAAAAGGAAGGGCAAUUUUGUUGGAAAAGUUUUUCUUGCUGCAGCAUUAACGGCAUUAUGCAUUAUCAUGAUCAAGAGAUCUCCAUCUUUGAAUCCCCCAAGUCCGUUUUCCAUCCGUGAACCAGGUGUCACUCAUGUUUUAGUGACAGGAGGUGCAGGCUAUAUUGGUUCACAUGCUACCCUACGACUUCUGAGGGAAAAUUAUCGUGUCACCAUAGUGGAUAACCUGUCACGAGGAAAUUUGGGUGCUGUUAGGGUUCUUCAAGAGUUAUUUCCAGAACCUGGAAGGCUUCAAUUUAUAUAUGCUGACUUGGGAGAUAAAGAAUCUGUAAAUAAAAUAUUUUUGGAGAAUAAAUUUGAUGCUGUGAUGCACUUUGCUGCUGUUGCAUAUGUGGGAGAGAGCACACUGGACCCUCUUAAGUAUUAUCACAAUAUUACGUCGAAUACCUUGUUGGUAUUGGAGUCUAUGGCUAAAUAUGGUGUGAAGACAUUAAUAUAUUCUAGUACAUGUGCAACGUAUGGGGAACCUGAAAAGAUGCCUAUUAUAGAAAUAACAGAACAGAAACCAAUUAAUCCAUACGGAAAAGCCAAGAAGAUGGCAGAAGAUAUCAUCUUUGAUUUUUCCAAAAAUUCUAAGAUGGCAGUAAUGAUUCUGAGAUACUUCAAUGUGAUUGGAUCAGACCCAGAGGGCAGACUAGGUGAGGCUCCAAGACCUGAACUUCGAGAACAUGGUCGAAUUUCUGGUGCCUGCUUUGAUGCAGCUCGUGGUAUUACAACUGGCUUAAAGGUUAGAGGAACUGACUACAAGACACCCGAUGGAACAUGCAUACGAGACUACAUUGAUGUAACUGAUUUGGUUGAUGCUCAUGUGAAGGCUCUUGAAAAGGCACAACCUGGUAAAGUAGGGAUCUACAAUGUUGGCACUGGAAAGGGUAGAUCAGUGAAGGAGUUUGUGAAUGCUUGUAAAAAGGCCACAGGGGUGGACAUCAAAGUAGACUACCUUCCACGUCGACCCGGUGAUUAUGCCGAGGUGUAUAGUGACCCUUCUAAGAUCAACCGGGAACUGAAUUGGACUGCACAAUACACUGACCUUGAGAAGAGUUUGCAGGUUGCAUGGAAAUGGCAAAAAUCUCAUCGUAAUGGUUAUGGCAUUUUAUCUGCAAUCUGAGUUUCUAGCCAUUCAGCAAAGCAGUUGGCCUUCAACUGCUCUCUUACAUGGGGCUCAGGAUUUUUUUCCUUUUUCUUUUUGGUCCUUAGGGAGUUUGGUAGUUGAUUCGUUAUACUUACAUGUGUAUUCAACAUACAAUGAGUCAAUAAUAAUAAAAUGCCAAGCCUGUGGUUGGUAUAGCUUUUCUUCUA